CUGUGAUCGACUUUUCCAGGAAAAUUGUCUAUAAUUUUCGGUUUUCCUUCGAGUUUUGUUAAAUGUAAGAAACUUUUAAAUACCUAAUUCAUGCUUAUUAUAAAUACAUUAACUGUUUUUAUACAAAUAGUGUUCGUAGUGUUUAUGUCCUUAGUGUCUAUGAACAUAGUACGAUAUUUUACAAGCAACAGAGCAAUGAGUGUCUUAGCCCCAUCAAUUUUCGUGAAUCACGGUGGUGGUCCAAUGCCAUUACUUGGCGAUAAGGAACACGAAGGAUUGACUAUAUUCUUGCGUGACGAAGUUAAGAAGCAUUUAGAUUUAAAACAGUUAAAAGGUAUUAUCUUAGUUACUGCACAUUGGGAAGAGAAUAAAGUGACAAUAUCAUCAGGUAAACAUCACGAUUUAUAUUUCGACUACUACGGUUUCCCGCCCGAAUCGUAUAAAUACAAAUACGACGCUCCUGGGAAUCCAGAACUGGCUGGUAAAUUAAAAAAAACAUUGGACAGUGCAGGCAUACAGUGUAAACUUGAUCCGAAAAGAGGUUGGGACCAUGGAGUAUUUGUUCCCAUGAUGUUAAUAAAUCCAGCUGCAGAUAUACCUAUAAUACAAGUAUCAGUACUUAAUAACCAAAACCCUGAAGAGCAUUACAACCUCGGGAAGGCUUUAUAUGAAUUUCGGAAAGAGGGAAUUGCAAUUAUAGGCUCCGGUAUGUCAUAUCACAAUAUGAGAGAGUUUAGAAAUAGUAGAAAUAAGAAACAAGUUGUUAACAAGGAGUUUGAUGACUUUUUGAAUGAAGUUUGUACUGCGGACAGCGAAGAGAAGAGAAAAUCUGGUUUGUUAUCCUGGAGGUUGCAACAAGGGGCUGAUGAAGCUCACCCACCUCGUGCAGCGGAGCAUUUCAUGCCCCUAAUAGUUAUAGCGGGUGCAGGAGGCUCUACACAAGGCCAGAGGAUUUUUAACUGGGAUAUGGGUGGUACAUUCCGUUUAAGUGGGUUCAUUUGGAAAGCAUUGUAAUUACCAAAUGCAAUUUUUAACACAAUAAGGAUAAAUGGGACUAGCUUUAUAUUUUUACUGACUUUCUACAAUUAAAAAACCUAUCUAAAACAAUUUGUCAAAACUUAAAAGUUGAUAUGGCAGGGGAGGGGACACAAUAUCUCCUAUGUAGCCACAUAUCUCCUAUUAAGCCACAAUUUUUCUAUUGGUUAUUGGUUUUUAACAUGAAAAAUACUAAUUUUUGAUCAAUACCAUUUGGCUUUGGCCGGAGAAGGGGACUCAACAAUGUAUAUGUAGACAAUUCUAAACCACUUUUUGCUAUUAACAUCUGUUUUUAUUUAAUUAACUUUAUAUAUGUUAAAUAUUAAAUUAAGUGGAUUUGGCAGGGGAGGAGACUCAACAAUGAAUAUGUAGGAAAUUCUAAACCUAAAAUAGCAAAAAUGCUAUUUACACCUUCUGUUUUUAUGUAAUUAACUUUAUUAAAGUUAAAUACUAAUUGUCAAUACUUUAAAAAGUACAUUUGACGGGGCCAGGAGACAUGUAAAAAUGACUAUGUAGAUUUUGGUUAUUGUAUGUUCAUGUAUGUUAUAAUUAAUUGUGUUAAUUUUUAAAGUUUUGUAUUGCUUCUAUAGUUUGUGAGAUGUGAGAGACCCAAAGUAUGGGAUAUGUCCUUUCUAUGUCCACUCUGUUGGUUAAAUAGACAAUAUCUGCAAAUAGACUUGUGGUGAAUUUCAGGUGCCACUUGUUGGUCAUCUUAUAAAAACAAAAAGCAGUUUUUAUAAGUUGACAGUGGAAAUUCACAAAAAAAAACACUUUUUACACAAAAUUAUAAUAGUUACGGGUAAUUAUAAUUUAGUAAGGAACCAAAGUUUA